AUGUCUGAGACCACCAUGCAGCCUGUACCACCACUGCAAAAUGUCAAUGAACAACAGGUUUCAGAUGAGAUGCUCAACCUCGAGCUGGAGGAAGCUUCCGAAGUUGAAGCCAAGCUCGACAUUCUUUUGAACGAGUGCCUCGAUGAUUUUCCAGAUGAUGAUCAGUCCGAGAUAGCCCAAUAUGCUUCUAACAUUGCACGGAACAGCAUCACUGAUCAAACCCGCACAAAGCAUGUUAGGAUCAUCAAGGCAUAUAUUACAUUUCAUAUGAAACGGACACCAAACUGGGAUCCCAAAGUGGUGACAAGGAACACACCAUAUGAUGUGCGAAUGUUCAUCACUCAAAAGUGUGGACCAAAGGCUGAUGGCUAUGAAGGACGCAAGUUCUCCACUGCAAUUUCAACUCAAGCAGCCCUUACACUGUGGUAUCGCUCUGUCCGACCAUCAGAGAGUGUGGUGGAGUGGCGAGUCCAUGAGACAGGGCAGUGUUCUGGCCUUCCAACAAGAUCUCGUGCUGUGUCUGAGUUCAUGAUUGGUCUUGAAAAGACCAAGGCAAGGCAGGGUGAGGUCUCCCAGUCAGCACGGGCCCUUUUGCUGGAUGAUACGGUCUUUCUCUUUGCAUGGCUCCUUGUGCUUCGAGUUGAGGAAGCAUUGAGCCUGACAUUUGAGAGCAUUGAUGCUCUCCCUGAUGAAAGAGCAUACUUUGAUGUUGACCUUGGCACACGUAAGAAUGCACAGACUGGUGUCUCUCAGCGGAUGCGUCUCUGUGCAAAUGACCAAGACCCAAAGAUAUGCCCCAAGCGGGCCUUAAUCAGACUUGCAGCUCUGUAUGGAGAAAACCAUGACUGCACUGGACCCUUGUUUCUGGUGAUCAACAAGAAUGGUGCAGUGACCACUCAACCACUGUCUUCCACUACCAUUAGCCGAGCACUUGCAAGAGACCUACAGGGCCUUGGAUAUAAGUCCUGGGCAUUGUAUGGGACACACUCAUUCCGCCGAGGGGGGUGUCAACACCGCCUUCGAGAUCAAGGCUGGUCCCCUGGCAUGGUUGCUGCAUGGGGUGGCUGGUCACAGGUUGAAGCAGUCACCAUGUUCAGAUAUUUCUACUCCCCCAAUGACAAUCAUGAACACAUGAUUGAUUUUGACCGCAAUGAUGGAAAGCGGGUACACCAAGGAUCAAUGGGUCUGCUAGUGGGGUAGGCAAUAAAUGC